GGGUCAACCAUAUUUUUGGUAGAAAGACAAGGAUUCUAAAGCCCGCUUCUGAAUUUUCUGAACCAUCCGAUGGCAUAGCUUGUGUCCAAUCCAACGGUGCAAGCUAACCAGACCGAGUAUUUUCCCACAUGUCACCACUUGGCACGCUCUGAUAGGUUAACAGAAUUUAAAGUUUCGUAUUUUUUUUCUGCACAAUUGAAAUUGAACCAUGGUCAAUCCUCUCUGUUGAAUAGUCUUGUGAAAUUCUCUCAGUAUAUAACCGUUUCUUCUCUCUUCAUUCAAUCGAGAUCGAAACAACAGAAUCUUCAGCUUCAACUUCAACGUCAACCAUAGCGUGUUUAUUCAAUUGAUUCUGUGACAUAUUUGAUUGAUUCAAAGUUUGCAUAAGGAGAUCAUUUUCUGGGUGACAAUUAUCUCGACUUGGUUUUGCUAGAUACUGACUGCGUGGGAAUAAUGCAGCGCAGUGUGUUUAAAAGAUCAAAUGGAAAGGAUAGUACCUGGAUUGUUAUCACAGCAAUUAUGGGAAUUGCCUUUGGAUUUUUUAUUGGUAUUUCAUUUUCAUCUGUCCAUUUGACUAAGAUUAGCUUACUUUCAGGUGUAAAGAAUUCUUUUGAUGUGCCUAUGUCUGACAUAAGCAGAUCAGACGCAUUUUUUGAUGUAUCUUCUGGAACCAAACAGAUAGAAGCCCUAGGGUCAGCUAGUUUACCAAAGAUAAAUGCUUCAUCAAAUCCUCGUGGAGCUGAAUCACUACCCCCAGGAAUUGUUGUACCAGAAUCUGAUCUUUUUUUGCGCAGACUAUGGGGUGAUCCUAGUGAAGACAUAAAGAAAAAGCCAAAGUAUUUACUUACAUUCACUGUUGGUUAUGCUCAGAGGCAUAAUAUUGAUGCUGCAGUGAAAAAGUUUUCUGAUGAUUUUGCAAUUUUGCUCUUUCAUUAUGAUGGUCGAACUAGUGAAUGGGAUCAAUUUGAGUGGUCAAAGAACGCAAUCCAUGUUAGUGCAAGGAAACAAACAAAAUGGUGGUAUGCUAAAAGGUUUCUGCACCCCGAUAUAGUAUCAGCUUAUGAAUAUAUUUUUAUCUGGGAUGAAGAUCUUGGAGUGGAACACUUCAACGGGGACAAGUAUAUGAAUUUAGUCAUAAAACAUGGUUUAGAAAUCUCUCAACCUGGUAUUGAGCCCAAUAACGGAUUGACAUGGGAGAUGACAAAGCGGAGGGGUGACAGAGAUGUUCACACGGUCACUGAAGAGAAACCAGGAUGGUGUAGUGAUCCACAUUUGCCUCCUUGUGCUGCAUUUGUGGAAAUUAUGGCUCCUGUUUUUUCUCGGGAAGCAUGGCGUUGUGUGUGGCAUAUGAUUCAGAAUGAUUUAGUGCAUGGAUGGGGUUUGGACUUUGCCCUCAGAAGAUGUGUUCCGCAACCAGCGCAUGAAAAAAUUGGCGUUAUUGAUUCUCAAUGGAUUAUUCAUCAAGUAAUUCCUUCUCUCGGGAACCAGGGACAGUCCGAAAACGGAAAAGAUCCACGGGAGGCGGUCCGAAUCCGAUGCAGAACUGAAUGGGCCCAGUUUCAAACCCGCCUAAGCAAUGCUGACAAGGAUCAUAUCAAAGAACUUAAUCUGAAUGGGAAGGGUUAGUACAUGGAUCAUCUUCCUAUUGUACAUGUUUAAAACACAGUUAGGGGCUUCCGUUGUGUAUUGGUUUCUCCCCCUCUUUAGUGUAAUUUUUGGUAUACAGAGUACAUUUUAAUUUUUAUAAAUGAGAACAUUCAUCCGUAUAA